CGCCCAAGCGAAGCACUUGAACCGCCAUCUCCCCAAACGUAAGUCCUAGCCCUUUCCCUCUGAUAGGCGUGAUUUGACACUUUCUCGCAGACACCGGUGACCGGCCAUACAUGUGCUUUCUAAGCCGUGAAACCUUCGCCCGCAGCGACAUCCUCAAGCGCCACUCCACCAAGUGCGCUAUCCGAGGCGGCAACCCGACUAGCGCCAGCCACCUGUCCCGCCCCCAAGUGUGCGUCAACAAGAAUGUUGCUGCCCGACGACAGAAGCCUGUGGGUAAAGGGGGCGGUGUGAACCACGUGGAUGGUAUGGGAUACAGCAACGAAAUCACGAACAAUACCGCGAACAUCAACCCGCAGCUGGCGAACAGAGCCACGCCUCAGACUGGGUGCGGUCGGGGAGUUGUGGGGAUUGUGGAUUGGGUGGGGCCGUGGCGGCGGAGUGGGUCCUGAGUAUGCGUGCUCCAAUGCAGGGGCGGUACCGGGAGCACAACCGGACGGGACUCCCGGAGGCGGGCAACUCGCACUGCUACUGUUGCUCCACUGUUCCUGCCUACUGCUAAAUACAUGAAGAAAAGUAAUUGCUUGUACGUACUACCCAUUACGAGUACCUUACUUACAAAGACGAAAUGCG